AUGUUCAUUAGAAGAACGCUCCUUCAGAGACGAAACUUAUUUAAAGUGCAAUCAACACGAGUUAACUAUUUUGUAGCAUUGGCAAAACUGGGAUGUUACAAUGAGCAAUUUCACAUUGCACUUUUUCAUAGAAAUGAAGAUUCGAAUAAGUUGGAGUUGGAAAAUAGGUUUCGUAUUUGUUCGGGUGGUUUAGAAAAUAUCAAAGACAAGCAAAUUAAUGGAGGUUUAAUUGGACAAGAAUUCAAUCAAAAUGAAAAUCCGUUCAAGUCAACCAAGUCUUUAUUAGAUUACAAAAAACAAAUCAAAUUGGAAAUUGAAAAUAUUGUGAAAGGAAAACAAACUAACAAUGCAACAGAUGAAUUUUUAUCAUUAUUAAUUAAAAAUAAGGAAACAAAAGAGGGAAUUUUUUAUGGAAUUCCAAGUUUCCUGAUUGAUACGAUUAAAAAACAAUUGAAAAGUGAUAUUUUGAAAGAUAAUGAAGAAUGGUUGUUUGAUUAUGUAUUUAAUGCGUUUAAAACUAAUCCACUUCUGAAAGAAUAUGCUUCCAAUCUCUAUUCUUGUCACUUGUUAAAGAAAUAUUUGACUGAAUAUGUUUCAUUGAAUUUAGAAAUUAUUGAAUUUAAGAAAGAAAUUGAUAAUGCAGUUGAUGAGACUUUGGAAAAAGAAUUGUUCGAAUCAGUUUUCUAUUUUGCAAAUUAUGGACUUGCAAUGAAGCUAUUAAGCAGGGAAGAGACCAUUCUCAUGAAGAAUAUUUGUCAAAAGCAUAAUGAAUGGAGUUUAUUGAAUAAGGAUGAUACUCUGUUUGAUUUGGAGACUGGAAUGGAUAUCAAGAUUAAUUCAUGUAUUGAACUAGUAAGGGCUGUCAUUGAUAUUGUUGAAGGUAAUUACACACAAGCCGAAACUCUGCUCAAAAAGGCAAUUGAGCUAGACCAAAACAACGUGUAUGCGAAAGGUUUCAUAUUGAAAGAGUGCACCCAUAACUUGUAUCCCGACAAUAUGGAGGAAACCAAGAGGAAUAUCGAAAGAAUUACUGAAAUUUUUGAUAAUCUGAGAAAUAGGAACAGUGAUAACUUUCCACUUUGUUUUUCUGAUUAUUUUAUUUUGAAAGGUAGUGUGUUGUUGCAUGCUGCUUCUCUUGUUCAAAGUACUAGAAAUUCGAGCUCCGAAUUUGUUGAAUUCAUUGAGGAAUCGAAGAAAUAUUUAGAAUUAUCUGAAAAGGGCAGCAAAAUUCCCCAACACAAUAUUGUUAAUUUGAUCAAUAAGGCAAAAGUUCACAUCUUGUUGGAAGAUUAUGGCACUGCAUUAUUCAAUAUUGAAAAAUUAUUGGCUGUCAACUUUGUUUUGACAGAAUACCAAUUAAGGGAAUGCAUCAUUGUAAUGGCCAAUUCUCUAAGACUCUCAGGAAAAGCACAAGAGGCCAUAAGAAGAAUGGAACCAUAUGUUAAGGAACCUAAUUCUGAUAUAGAUUUGAGAUAUGCAUGGUUGUUAGCUCAUGAAUCUCUAAUCGAACAAUCUGAAAAUAAGAAAGCAGCUUUUGACAUUUGUAUGCUAGAGUAUCAAAGCUUGUUAGAUUGGAUUACUGACAAUCCAGAGUCAAAUCCAUACAUCUACUGGUCACAAAUCACUCAGUUAGAACAGAGAAUUGAACAAUUAUCCCUUAAAUAUCAAAAAUUGACUUGGAAAUAA